AUGGUGUUAAUAAUAACUACGCUUGCUGUUCCGGUGCAGUCUGACGCCGGUGUCAGUAUCUACAAUGCAAAGUUGAAACAGAUAGUUACUUCUAGUACACUCAAAUGGACAACAUUGAAGAAGGAAGCCACGGAAAAUUACGUCAUUGGAGCAGAAUCUUCGCAAGGACCAAUUUACCUUUGUCGAUCACGACACGAGGGCGAUAUGCUCUUGGGCCAAUUAAGACCCGAUUACAAAUCGUGUGCAGUUUCCGGAACUAAAAGCUACGAAUUUUUUGAAGUUCUCGAAAAUAUUAAAAACGCAUCGCUUAUUAUAUGGAAGCCAUGGCUUAAAUAUCAUUCUAAGCCUAGUGGAGCAGUAACAAUCGACUCUUCCCUUGACUCAGUUUUCAUUGGUCGGUUGAAAGCAGAAAGUACGUUUUCGCACUACAUUGGACGAAUUAACUAUGAAAGUAAUAUCGGUCAUUUAAUCACCUUUGAUGAUCAGAACAAUGAAAUCGUGGAGAACAGUGGUGAAAUACUGAUCGAAGUGGAACCUGUAAGUUAUAAAGUUGAAAACGUUAACAUGGACCAGGAGACUGAACACAUACGCCAAUCUGAUCCCGAAGUAUUUGAAGAGCGGAUUUUAAGAAACGAUGAUGAAACGGCAGCUAUGGUUACAACGGAAAUAGAGUACAAAUAUAAUUAUACCUUGUCCUGGGGCCAUGGGCACGGAAUUGCUAUUGGUUUAAAUACAACUAUCGUGCUAGAAGACGAAACUGUACUUCCGCAAAUCGAAUGGGCUAACCCAUACACGGAGGAGAGGAAAGAUCUUUAUAAAUUAGAGAAAUACCUUGAGCCUGGAACGGCAUGUAAUGUUACUUUUAGAGGUAACUACACAAAUAAGGAUGUUCAAUAUACUGGAAAAAUAAUAACUUUCUAUAAGGAUCAUGAGUCUCGAUCACGACCAAUGAAAGGAGAAAGAAUAGAGAAUACAGUAGAAUUGGAAGCGAUAUAUGGUGAAAUAUACUACGUUACCAAUAAUACACUAGUGCCAACCACCACAACGACCACAACGACUACUACCACGACUACCACCACACCGCCACCACAGACUGCUCCUCCAGCACCAGAAGAAAAUGAUAUAGCCAGUCCUAUGAAGAAACCGGGUCCUGCAGAAAUGGACACUAACGAUAUGUUAGGUGAUAGUAGUGAGGAAAUAAUGAAGACAGCAAAAGAAGACAGUAUAAGUCGAUCGGUAGUCGGCGGCCUCGGCAGUAAACCUAACACGGCAACUACAACACGGAUAAUAACCGUGUCGUUAUUUAUCCCAGUAUUUGCGCUUAUACUUUAA